CACGUUCUGUUACCGUUUCCUGUGUUUCUGAGCUAAUGGAUUGUAGUAACACAUGAUGUAAGGGUGGUAAUUAGGACAGGGAAACUGAUGGCUUCAGUUGCUCCAGGCAAAAAGGGAACUGAAAUGAGGCGAUGUGCAUAAUGUUCAGCUCAUGGCUGGAUGUUGUUAGGGUGGGCAAAAGUAGAAUGCACAGCCUGAUCUGCAGCUAUUUGUAGGAGUUUGUGCUCUGAAGGCAGAGGUGCAAGCUGCCACAUUGGUGCACACCAGUGGGUGGAAGAAUCCACUGGUUCUUCCUUCAGAUCUCAUCCCUAACACUAGAAGUGCUCCUGUGUGGAGCACAAAGGAAGGAGAAGGGGCUUAGGAGAUCUGUAACAUCUUUUACUCUGUUCCAUCACAGUGUGUUAUGUUUCGGCCUUGAUUUGUUCUGAGCUUUGUAUGGGUAUGGGCAGGUAUGGCUGGAAGAUAGUCCUUUCUUCUGCUUUUGGAGUGGUUCUGUGCUUCUCUUCCUUUGCUGAAAGAAGGAGAAGAAGCCCAUCUUCUCCAAGUCUCUUGAUACAGUGAGGCUGCAUGCUCAGAACUCUGAGACUCAUUUAUUGGAGACAAUUACAAAAGAUUAAGACCUUCUCACCCAAAACUGAGGAACUAGAGCUUGGCAUGGAAGCAACCCUUGGUUCAAAUACUAGCACAACCCCUUACAGAGUCUUUCUUCAAAGACACAGUUUGGGUGUUUCUUUUUAGUGAUAAGUGGGGACUCUGAACCCUGAGGCGUUUCUGAACACCUCAGCUCCAUGUUCUUCUCUUUGCCUUUUUGAGGCUCUGCUGUGUCUUCCUGUCCAUGCAAAGGAGAAGGCACUUCAAGAUACAUGUACUCAAACAACCCUGAAGACCACAUUGCUUUCAGUGGCCUUUUAAUCCUUGGGAUUAUAAUGUUGAACACAGGCAGCAGCAUGGAACCUGCCAGCAGUGAUACACAUCACACACAGGACUGAAUGAGAAGAUUGACAUGAAAUGUCACUACCUUACGUCAGAGACAGCUCAAGGUAUGGCUGAGCAGACAAGUGAUCAUCUCAAGGUUCGAGCUUGCUUGCUGGUGCUGAUGUGCCUAUGGCAGUGGACACAGCAAAUUCUGGCAACAGCGUGCGGUGAUGGUGAACUGCGAGUCAUCAGUAAAGGUGAAAAGAAAUGCUGCCCCAAAUGCACCUCGAACACAGGAGGCAACAGUACGUGUCAAAAUACCCAGGACCAUGACUGCAGAUGUCGUCAGGGAUACAGCUGUGUUGACAGUGCAUGUCUCUACUGCCAGAAACUGCCUGAGUGUGCAGCGGGCGAGGAGCUGGUGAAGCUUGGCAAUGUAGACUUCACAUUCAGAUGUAAACCAUGUGAGAUGGGAACCUAUUCUAGUGUGAAGAAUGGCUGGUGCCGUAACUGGACUGAUUGUGAAAGCUCUGGGUUUCUAACAGUCAAGCAAGGGAACAGUACACAUAAUGCAAUAUGUGGUCUGCUUCCUAAGGAGCUGGAACAAGGUCUCAUUACAAUUGACUCCCUCUCUACCACCAUCCUGGCCAUCCUGACUGCAGUGGCUCUGUUUGUUCUCAUCUUGCUGACCUUCAUCUUGCAUUUCUGCAUAUGGUCACUGAAGAAAGAAAAAUACCACGCAGCUGAUGAUCUGGAACAUAUCUUCCCUAAGCAGCCAAUGGCUCCACAACGGUCCCACCAGAGAGAAGAGACUUACAGCUGCCAGCUUCCAGAAGAAGAACAUGGAGACAAAACACCAGAAGAAAAGCACUGCUACUUCCACCCUCAGAGUCUGCAGUGAAACAGAUGAAUUGCAAUGUGCUGUGAGAAGGGGAAGCUGAGCUCAGCUUUUCCAAAGAGAAGGGAGGGUCUGGGUGCAUAAAGCAUCCUCAUAUACAUAGCAAUAAGGAAUGGGCUUGGGAGAGUUUUGCUGUGUUUCCUCUCAACAAACCUAGUGUUUAGAAGCAAAAGGAACCUGCUCAGGCUGACAUUCAGUUCAA